UGGAACUAAUUAAUUGAUUUUGUUUCAAUGUCUGUUUUAGUUUUACAUUAUAUUGUUUGAUGUUUCUAGUAAUAAUGACUUGGUAACUUUUCUAACUUAUUGUUGCAUAGUAGCUCUAUGAAAGCUCAUACUGAUUUUGACUGCUUUAUGCUGGAAGGUUUCUCAAAUAAAAGUUGUUGAAUUUGAAGUAGUUUGAAUGUUAAUCUUGUACGAUCUGUCAAAUGAGUGUGUUGGAUCAGAUUUUGGAGGAGUUGAAAUAGGUUUGAGUCAAUGAACAAGUUGUGACCCCACCUCCUGAAAUUUGUUUGGGUUAUGAUGGGCUAAACAAUGGGUCAUAGCCCGGCCUUUACAAAUCAAAACCGGGUCUUUUUAAUAUGUAGUUAUACAAUUGAGCUGCUACAUAUGUCUCAAAACAUUCUCCUCUCUCCCAAAACAAAAGAACAAUAAAAUGGAAUGGCAGUUAUUUCGCUUGGUGGACUAGUUUGUCCAAGUAAGUCUUUUCCCUCAUUAUCCAGCAUCAGCAAAUUGAUGGCACUGGAUUGAGGAAGUACUGUUUUUAAGGUCUUGAUUAAAUAUUGAAGUUGGGUAUUUUCUUUUUAACCCCAAAUUGACUGUCUCCAUCAUUGUAAUUUCGUCAUCUUGCCGCAAAUGAUCUGGAAUUCAAUGCCAUGUAAUAUUUUCACUAAUUACGCAGCUGGAAUGAAAUUUAUGCCAAUUAGGUUUAUUUGGGUAAGGCUGCGUACUAUAGACCCUUGUGGUCUGGCCCUUCCCCGGACUCCCCGCAUAGUGGGAGCUUAGGGUACCAGAAUGCCCCUUUUUAAGUUUAUUUGGGUAAUUCUUUACAAUUUAAUUUGGGCUAUUAAGGUAUUCCUAAUUGACCUAAACUUUUGCAUCAGUUGAUUUGUGCUGCCUAUUAAUGAAGUUUACUCCUUGUCUAACCCGUAAAAAUUCUGUCGGAUUACAUUACAUGUUUCUGGGUAAAAUUUGGUAUUGUCCAAGUUAAGUAAAUGUUCCUUGCACACAACCCAUUGAAGUGUGGCGGCUUGCACUCUUGUGGGUCUAUCACAUUUGGCCUUAAUUAACAAUUCUUAUCGUCACCUCAGCCAGUUCUGCAAAUAUAAAACUAUCUCCUCUGCAUUUAUGUUGCACUAUUUUCCUUUUUGUCAUCUCUAAAAGAGGUUGACAUGUUUGUAGAUUUAGAAACUAGAUUUCUUCUUUCCCAUUUGAUAUUUGUCAUGAGUUGUUGUAAACCCCACUAGAUGAAAAAACAGAUUGUAAGGUACAAGAGUAUAUUUGACAUGUGGCUAUACUAUGCAUUCCAAGUUGUUCCCUGUAGAAGCUUUAAACUGUGCAGUUCAAGGGAAUGGAAAUUACUUUAGAGGCAAGAAUUGUUAAAUCUGGUUUGGAAGAUUUCAUGUGGUAGGUCUCGGAGGCAGAUGGUGGUUUUAUUGAAUAUGCACUUUGGGUCAUGUUGGUAUGGUUAUCAUUUAGGCUAGUAUGCAUGCUAGUACUCCUUGCUUGUGUUAUGCCUCAUCCAAUUUGUUCCUUUGCCCCCACUCAGUUUUCUUUUGGGCUUCCUUUGCUUCAGGCUUCUCCAGUUCUAAUCGGUGGGUGGCAAGCUGUGGUCGAGGAGAAGAGGUCUACCAAUUCUCGAGGUAACACCAGAGGUAGGUUUCAAUCUGGAAGGGGUGCUGGAUUCAGGAACGAUGGUGGAAGAGGACGAGGAAAUUAUGGAGGUGGCAGGGGCUAUGGUCGAGAUGAUUUCAAUGGAAGAAAUGAGUUCAACAACAGGGGUGGCAGUCGUGGGGGGUCAUCAAACCGCGGAGGCGAUGGAUAUCGGCGAACUGACAACACAGGUGGGCGAAUGAAUCGUGGUGGUGGGGUGCCUAAUGGAACAGCUAAAAACAUGGCACCCCGCUAUUCUGCUACAGCUUGAAUAGUAGUAGCUUAGAGCGAAAUGAGAGUUGGUCUUAUUAUUUGAAUCUGACUUUUAAAUGAUUAACUGUUGAGGUGGAAAGAAAUUUUGUCAGGAGCAAUGAUGUUUUCCCAAGAGCUCUAUUUGCUAAUUUUUCUAGUUAAUUAUUUUUUUGUUAAUCAUAGGUGAGAUAGGAAUGGAGUUCUUAGAAGAUUCCUUUGUGUAGCAUAUCUGAGCCCUAGGAAGAGAUUAUCCCGUCUUUUCUGGGCCUUUUUGUAUUGGAUUAUUGUUUGGGGCUUUUUACUUGUGAUCGUGGAAAUUUAUUUAUUUUAACCGUGAUUUUGCGUGGCUUUAUGAUCA